UAGACCUUCAGCAAUCCUGAUUGACCGUUGCGUCCAUCUGCUAUACGCGGUAAAUGCUCGACCCGAGCUCCACACCCCCACGCCGGCUGCCGAUCGUGCGCUGCGAGGCUCCUCUUAUCAAGGAGAAAGUCCCCGCUAUGACGGUCGCGCGGGGAGUGGGGAGUGCGCGGAGAAGAGAAUGUGGUUCUGGAUGGAUUGAUUGAUUGGGGGAUCGAGGGUUUAGGGAAUCGAGUGAUUAUUCGUGAUUCUGAGCUUGGAUGUGGAUAAAGGUAGGAGUGGGCAGGCCGGGGAGGUACGUACAGUACAGUACAAGUACUUGCAUUGCAUUUCUCCAGGGUAGCUUGCUUGACAGCAAACGGUCCAUUGUCCGUGAGUCCAUUGUCCUGGGUAUUAAGAAGAAUCCAAUAUCAUGCAUAUGUAGCCCAUUACAGGCAGUACAACCCCAACGAGGCAUGGGAAUCUUCAUCACCGGGGUGCCUCAACUGAUAAGUACCCUGCUUACUCUAUUCACAGUGUAUCUAAGCCCACUCGGCGCUGAUGCCGCAUAUACCUGCCUGUCAUCCACCGUGGCUCUCAUUUCCUAUCUUGCGCAAGAAUCAAACCCCGAGAUGCUGGGCAGCCUUCAUGACUGGCGCCCGCGUUCUGAGCUGCAAGAGCUCAGGCUGUACAAUAGCCUUGUACAACAUAUCCACGACGUCCACUUUUAGCCGUCGUCCCGACCGGCCCUGCCAACCUGCCAAGUCAACGUGCCGCCAGAAUUGAAAGCAGGCGAACCCGAGAUGGGAGUUCCACUGCUGCUUCCAAGGAUCGAGAGUAGGUUUCAAGGAUGGCGAUAGCGGCCAAGUCUCAUCUCAUAUCUAAGAGAGCAAUUG